AUGCAUGAAGAAUCAUCAAGUACACGCAAGGUGGAUGAUGAUGUUCAGGAAGGUGUUCUUCCUGCCUAUCUUCUUGAUCGUGAAACCACAACACGUGCAAAGAUUCUUAGCAACCCAGUAAAACAAAAAAGAAAGGAGAAAGCAGGAAAGUGGGACGUGCCUUUACCCAAGGUAAGACCUGUGGCUGAAGAUGAGAUGUUCAAAGUGAUCAGAACUGGGAAAAGAAAAACGAAACAAUGGAAGAGGAUGAUCACAAAAGUUUAUGCUCUCAUAAGGGAAAGAGAUACCCUACGUAGAGAGCAAAAUAAAAAGAGUGAUGAUGAUGCUCUUCUCAAGGAAAAGGAUGAAAUCAUCACUAAAGUUAUGGAAGAAGCGAAGAACUCUCAACGAAACAAGCAGCUCAAGAAUCCCAAAACUGUUAUUUCACAAAAGUUUCUACAUAUUGUUAUUUUAAAGUUGGACACUAGACAGAUCUUGCAACGGCUUGCAAAGGAAAAUCUAAAACAGCUUGGAAGAAUGGUGGCAAAAUUAUCUCAUGCGAAUCCCACGACUGUUCUUAAAACAAUUGUGCACCAGCUUGAGUAUGAUAUUUUGGAAUAUGUUGUGAUUGAGCGGCUUGUACAAGGGGGUUGUGAGAAGCUAAAAGAUGGAGGCCUAAACUUAUCAGACUGGCUUCAGUAUUUGGCAUCAUUUUGGGGUCAUUUAACUCCCGCCAACUGCCGGAGUUUCACCACUGCCAGGUCUGCAGGCUGCCUAGCCCCCGCCAGCUACAGUUGUUCCUCCAAGUGGACCAAAUUCAAACCCUUUGGAUCUCUUCCCUUAGGACUUCCUGACAUGGGCACAAAUGCUCCUGUUGGUGCUGCUGGCAACUUGGAUUUUCUACGUAACAGUCCACAGGAAAGUUUUGAUUCAGAACAAUUUCAAGACCAUCAUUCAGUUGAGGAAAGUUGGGAUGCUGGAUUUAAUGAUGAUUGGAACAUUGGGAUGCUUGAAGAGUUGAAGGCAAAAGAUAGUGAGGGUAUUAUUGGUUCACAAUCACAUGUUGAAAAAAGUUUAGAUAAGUUGAAUGCUAGAAACCAAAUUCUUCGUGACCAAUUUGGGAUUGAUAUUGAAGCUAAGAGACAUGAUGAAGCAUUUUAG